AUGGCUAUCUGGAGACGGUUGACGGCGUCGUAUAUGGGACAAUUCGAUCCCACACAUAGAUUCGAAACAUCCUGGAUCCUUUCGCCUGGCGUUCUCUUUGGAGCUCGUGCUUUACUCUCGCUAUACGCGUUCGUCACGUUAUUCACAAUCUUUGGAUGGAACGGCACCCAUGGCAGAUCAGGAGACUCGCAGCGCUCGUUCUCGUACUUCACUCAUUUGACGUAUUGGGGCCUGGCAUUCUACCACGCAUUCAGCGCUGCACACACUGUCAGCUAUUGGUUGACUGGGACACCUUUCCUGGCUCGAUGGCCAAAAUGGCUCCAGGUUGCCCAUAGCAUGUUCUACUCCACUGUUGUCAUAUAUCCAUGGAUUGUCACUGCCGUCUACUGGGGUAUCCUGGCUUCGAACGGGUUUCCCACCACCUUCUCGUUGUGGUCCAAUACGUCUCAACAUGCGCUCAAUUCGGCAUACGCCUUUUUCGAGAUCGUCUUCCCACGGACUGAACCACUUCCUUUCCCCAACAUCAUCCCUGUUGUCAUCCUGCUCGCCUUGUAUCUUGCCUUGGCUUAUGUCACGUUCUACACGCAAGGUUUCUAUACUUACGGGUUCCUUGACUUGCGCAGCAAUUCAUCUGGUAUAGUGGCUGCCUACAUCAUCGGCAUUCUCGUAGCUGCUAUCGUCAUUUUCCUCAUUGUUAGAUAUCUUAUCUUGUUGCGUGUCUGGAUAACAGAAAAAAAGUUGGGCAUGACAGGAAAGUUUUCUCACCGUGGCACAGUCGAAAUGGCGGACGAGGAAGCCGAGAAGGGUGUGCCCAUGCAGGAUGUCAGUGCAAAGUAG